UCAUUUAAUUUGUGUCAACAUAAACAAUACAAUCCAAUCCCAUCGCCCAUCUGUUGGGCCCCCUUAAUGUCCGUCAUCUAAAAGUGGAAACACCCAAUGAUUGUCAUAGAACAGACCACCCCGGAAUGGAAUGAGUGGAAUGAUGGCUGGAAGCUAUUAUCGGAUGUCAAGCGCCAGUGGCCCAGAUAUUUUAAUGCCCUCACUGAAUUAACGAUGCAUUUCGGUGUGAAUUCGUUUGCAUUGCAAUUAUGGGGAAUUUCGGUGACAAGACGAAAAUGUGUGGCCAUAAAAGAGGUAAAUGAGGAGGAUAAAUGACACUUAUGACACAGAAAACAGUUCUAUAUCGUGUAUAAAACUGCUGCAGAAAACUAUCUGGAAAAAGCCCAUUAAAUAUUCCUUAAUUUCAAUUUUGGGCCCGAACUUUGCCCUGAACCGCUCCUGUCAUAUAUGGUUUUGGGGCCAUCCAACGAUUCUUUGGAUAAUUGUGCUCCACAAACAGGCUAAAUAAUUGAAUUAAAAUCAUUAUGGGAAUUACCAUGGUCCACUUCUUGGCCAACACCAGCUCGCGGCACAGUAGCCAACUUCUGGCCAAGCAGCACGGACACGGCUGCGGAUACGGAUACGGAAUCGGAUACGUGGCUUGGAAGAGUCAUAUAAUGGUACUGCUGGAAGAGUUCUGUGUGAAGGUGUACUUCUGGCCGUUCCUCUCGUACCUGGCCAGCAUCAAGGGAUGGUGUCCGCUGUAUCCGCCAGGUUACUAUCCCGUCUACACGUGGCCACAGCCACAGCCGCAGCCACAACCGCCUCCGUUUCCUCCGCUGCCACCGACUGGUCCACUAAUACCGCCUCCACCUGCUCUUCCGCCCACACCUCCAGGGAUACCGACAUUCCAGCCAACGCCACCGAAUCCCCAGACACCGUUCACCCCACCGCUGAUCACGACGAGCAGCAGCACCUCCACAUCUACCACUCUGGCGACCACCACCACCACAACGGGUGUGACGACAACUAGCACCGCGGGAACCACUCUGCCCGUGCCCACCUGUCCGCCGCAGCCAUUGGUGUGCCUGCCCGGAGGCGUGCGUCCGCUGCCCAACUGCCCCUGCAUCGAUCCUCGCCAGAAUGCGCCUCUGGUGGCCGCCACCGGUCUAGUCGGUUCGGAUAUGAUGGUUUUCAUGCCGCUCAAUGCGAAACGGCGGCGUCGUCGUCGUCGACGGCCCCAGACCUCCUGCUACGAUGCUCGCUCUCGGCCAGGCAGCUGUCUGCCCCUGACCUCCUGCUCCCAUCUGGUGGAGGAGUACCAAAGCGAGGCUCAGUCGGCGGGGUCCAACGACUUUCAGACGUUUCUGGGUCGAUCCAUAUGCGGCUUCGAUGGCUCCACUUUUUUGGUCUGCUGUGCCACGGAUCGUUCGUCAAAUGGCAGGAGCAGAAAGGAUCUGCAGGUGACCACCACUGCAGCCUCAGGUGUCUUUCAUUUCUCGCCCCUAGGAGGCGGCAGCGGAAAUCCAAUUGUGCUUCAGCCCACACCGCCGCUGAUGCAGGGCCAAGUGGUGAUUAGACCCAGUCCCAAUAAUCCGGCGCCCACACAACCUCCGCCUCAACUUCAGCCUCAACCUCAACCGCAGACUCCUCCGCAACAGAUGUUGGUCUGCGGCAUCAGUGGAGCGACGUCGAACCGCGUGGUGGGUGGCCAGGAGGCACGAAGAGGAGCCUAUCCCUGGAUUGCUGCACUGGGCUACUUCGAGGAGUCCAAUCGGAAUUCCCUGAAGUUCCUCUGCGGUGGCAGCCUCAUCCACUCCCACUACGUGAUCACUUCCGCCCAUUGCAUCAACGGGCUGCUCACACUAGUCCGCCUGGGUGCUCACGAUCUGUCCAAGCCCACCGAGGCAGGGGCCAUGGACUUUCGCAUCCGUCGUACUGUUAUCCACGAGCAGUUUGAUAUGACGUCCAUUGCCAAUGACAUUGCCCUGAUCGAGCUGAGUGGAAUGACAUCUGCAACUCUCACUGCGAACAUAGCUCCCAUCUGCCUGCCCGAGGCGGCCAAGUUCCUGCAGCAAGAUUUUGUGGGCAUGAAUCCAUUUAUUGCCGGUUGGGGGGCAUCCAAGCAUCAGGGGCCCACGUCGCAAGUUUUGCGCGAUGUUCAGGUGCCGAUCGUGGCUCGUCAGAGCUGCGAGCAGAGCUACAAGUCUGUCUUCCGGUUUGUCCAAUUCAGCGACAAGGUGAUCUGUGCUGGCAGUUCCAGCGUUGAUGCCUGCCAGGGGGACUCCGGUGGACCACUCAUGAUGCCGCAGCGGGAGGGCAGCGGCUAUAGGUUCUACCUGCUCGGCCUCGUCUCGUUUGGCUAUGAGUGUGCUCGACCCAAUUUUCCGGGUGUCUAUACGAGAGUCGCCUCCUACGUUCCAUGGAUCAGGCAGCAGAUCUCAAUGGGUUAGGAGCAUCCCAAAGAGUUAUGUUUGC